ACCACCACCACCUCCUCCUCCUCGUCGUCCUCCCUCUACUUCCACUCCUUCCUCCCGUCGCGCUGCGCACAGCCACAGACGGUCCUCCAGCUCCGUGCAGCCCGGUGCGAAGAUGGUUGGCGGCUUGUGUGCUCGCAGGUUGGCCCGCCGGUCGCGGUCCGCCCUGAUAGCAGCCCUCACGGUGCUGCUGGUGCAGACGCUGAUUGUGUGGAACUUCAGCAGCCUCGACUCCGGCGAAGACAGGGAGAACGGAGGCGCCAGCGUGCGGGAGAAGAGGGACCGGGUCGCGGGCAACAAAGCCGCCGGCAGCGACUAUUUCCAGCACGGGGUCCGGCAGCGGCAGCAUCCUCCUCCUCCGCCGGGGAAGGGGACGUCUCGUCACAUACAGCAGCCGGAUGGAUACUACUCCCACCGGCCAAAGGAGAAAAGCAGAGUCGACAGCAACAACGAGAACUCUGUGCCCAAAGACUUUGAGAACAUAGACAAUAGUAACUUUGGCGCUCGCUCACAGCCACACCGGCAGUCUGUCGGGGCCACCAGCAGCAAGCAGCAGCGGGAACAUCUGCAGGAGAAGGCCCACGCUCAGCGGCAGGCCUGGCGGGAAAGCUCCCCGAGUCUGGGCCGCAGCUCGAAUGAAGUGCUGCCCGUAGGCCACCAGCCACUGGCGGUCAGCAACAACGGUUCCUACCCAGGAGGUCAGGGCGUCGCGGUGGUGUCGCGGCAACACCACCGUGUCUCGCAGGCCCAGCAGGCCCAGUCGCAGCAUAGACAUCAGCACCCCCACAGGAAGCCGGCAACCGCGGCACCGCUGGAGGUGACCUACGAUCAGCCACCCAAGUGCGAGAUCAGUGGGAAGGAAGCCAUUUCAGCUCUAUCCAGAGCCAAGAGCAAGGAGUGCCGGCAACAGAUCGCCGAAGUGUACUGCAGACACAAGGAAGGGCAAUUAAUGCCCGAGAAGGUCACUCGCUACUGCCCCCUCGAGGGUAAAGCCAACGCCAACGUCCAGUGGGAUGAGGACUCCGCUGAGAGCUUUCCGUCGAAGCCGGUGAGAAUAGCAUUCGUUCUGGUGGUGCAUGGACGAGCCUCCCGCCAGUUCCAGCGCCUCUUCAAAGCCAUCUACCACACCUCGCACUACUACUACAUACACGUCGAUCAGCGCUCCAACUACCUGCACAGGCAGGUGCAGGCCUUGGCUGUGCAGUAUCCAAAUGUGAGGGUGACACCCUGGCGAAUGGCCACCAUCUGGGGUGGUGCCAGUCUGCUCACCAUGUAUCUUCGCAGCAUGGCUGACCUGCUGGCCAUGAGAGACUGGAGCUGGGAUUUCUUCAUCAACCUCAGCGCUGCCGACUACCCCAUCAGGACCAAUAACCAGCUGGUGACCUUCCUGUCCAAAUACAGAGACAUGAACUUCAUCAAGUCCCACGGCAGGGACAACGCCAGGUUUAUCCGUAAGCAGGGUCUGGAUCGUCUCUUCUUCGAGUGCGACACCCACAUGUGGAGGCUGGGUGACCGUAAAAUCCCAGAGGGCAUCUCGGUUGACGGCGGGUCCGACUGGUUCCUUCUCAACCGCAUGUUCAUCGAGUAUGUCAUCAACUCCAAGGACGACUUGGUCACCAACAUGAAGCGCUUCUACGCCUACACUCUGCUGCCUGCCGAGUCGUUCUUCCACACGGUGCUGGAGAACAGUGGCCACUGUGAGAGCAUGGUGGAUAACAACCUGCGCAUCACCAACUGGAACCGUAAACUGGGCUGUAAGUGCCAGUACAAGCACAUUGUCGACUGGUGCGGAUGCUCCCCGAACGACUUCAAGCCGGCAGACUUCCACCGCUUCCAGCAAACUGUGCGGCCCACCUUCUUCGCCAGGAAGUUUGAAGCCAGCGUGAACCAGGAGAUUGUGAACCAGCUGGACAGCUACCUGUUCGGACCUUUCCCCCAGGGGACGCCGAACCUGAACUCGUACUGGGAGAACGUGUACGACGAGCCAGACGGCGUGGCCAGCCUGUCGGACACGCAGCUCACAUACUACCACUCCUUCUCACGGCUGGGCCUGGCCAGAGCCGCCGCCUCACUGCAGGGGAACCCGAAGGAUCACAGCUGCAGGUACUUCCCCAUGGGCCACCCGGUGUCAGUGCACCUCUACUUCCAGUCAGACCAGUUCCAGGGCUACCUGGUCAGGCACCACGCCACCAACCUGGCCACUAGCAAGCUAGAGACCAUGGAGACCUGGGUGGCGCCCAAGAAGAACUUCAAGCUGACCACCCCUCCCAGCAGCACAUUCAGCAGGUUGCAGUUCGCCGAGAUCGGCACUGAGUGGGAUGCCAAGGAGCGCAUGUUCCGAAACUUCGGCGGCCUGAUGGGCCCCAUGGACGAGACGGUGGGCAUGCAGAGGUGGAGCAAGGGCCCCAACGUCACCGUUACGGUCGUGUGGAUCGACCCCACCAACGUCAUCGCGGCCACCUACGACAUUCUGAUCGACGCCAGCGCCGAGUUCACCCACUACCGCCCGCCGCUCAACCAGCCCCUGCGGCCCGGUGUGUGGAGCGUCCGCAUCCUGCACCACUGGAGCCCCGUGGCUGAGAUGCGCUUCCUUAUCUCCCCGUUAGCCUACAACAAGCACCAGCCCAUACGACAAGAGGAUACACUGAGGCUUCACAACGGGCCGGCGAAGAACAGCUACAUGGAGCAGAGCUUCCACGGACUCAACCCGGUGCUCAACAUCCCUGUCAGCCUGGGCUACGUGGAGCAGGCCAAGAGGAACGCGGCGCUGACAGGUCCGGAGCUGGAGCACUGGGUAGACAGCCUGGUGGGCGAGUUGUGGGAGGCGGCCGACAUCUGCGCCGUGGGUCCUACCGCCUGCCCGGUCAUGCAGGCCUGCCCCAAGAACCCCUGGAGCUCCCUGAGCCCAGACCCCAAAUCCCAUCUGGGAGCACCUCGCGCCGACGGGCGCAUCAGGUAGCAGCGAGGCCUCCAGCUGGACAGGAGACCACGGCACAGGAGAUUCACUGUUGUUUUUUUAAUUUAUUUAAGGGGUUUGUUGCAGGUGGGGGGAGUGUUCUCCCUCUGUCUUGGGAAAAGGAGACAAAAGAAAAAGUGGAUUUAUUGGGGGGUUGCUGGUGAGGGCGUGUGGACAGAGAGCGAGGAGAAUGAUUUUUCAGAUCCUCCCACGGGGUUCCUCCUUUUAGGGGAUUAUGCUGGCUUUGCUAUUUCAGUUUCUCAGUGUAUUUAUUUUUUCUUCUCAUGGCUGAGUUUUACUGUGAUCAAACGUUGCAAUUUUUGAGCAUUUAUUUUGCUGCUGAAUGAAUUAUGAAGUCAGCUUUUUAAAGCCCCGCACAGGGCACAGCAGUCAUGUGAGUGUGGAUUGUCAACACUGGUAGCAGACAAAGUUCUGCUGCAAAUAAAUUAUUCUAUAAAAAAAAGGCCUUAGUUGUAAGACGUAUAUAUGAGGAGGUAUCCCAGUACGAAAUGAAAUGUGCCUCCCUAAGUGUAUGUCAGCAUGGAGAAAAUGGGAUGAUAUGUGAGCGUUCAGGUGAGCCCAAAACAGUCAGAGAAGAUUAUUUUGAUACGACUCAAAAUGCAGCACCGCUAAAAAGAAAAUUUCCUGUUUAUGAAGAAGAAACAAAUAUUUUAGCAUUAGUAAAGCCAAUUACAGCAAAACUCUUGACUUUCUGAUAGUUCAGUGACUCCGUUUGUAAAUCAGUGGAAUAAAUCAGCAACAGCAGCACAACUUCUCUCAGUUCAGUGCCUGAUCAGGAUGUGGAACUGUUGCGGCUGGGCGAACCAUCUGCUGCAGUCACAUUUUUCGUAAAUAUGGAAAAAGAGAAAUGCAAAUACAGAGGCCUUCUCAGAAUAAUUACACCUAUUCGGAUAAUAAUAGAAAUUAAAUUGUAGACAUUUUAGUGUUCUAAAAAUCAUAAAUGCUUCAUUUAGGGUUGUUGUACAUUAGUAUUUUAAGACUUAACAUUCACAUAGUGUAGUUUUUUUUGUUUUUUUUUUAAAAUAAAACCCUGAUGUUGUGACUGGCAGAGGACAAAGAGAGAAUUGCUUUGUCCGACUUGGUUUUCUCACAAACCUGCCUCAAACUUGAAACACUAAUAUCUCAAGCUGACCUUAAAACUCUCUUCCUUGUUUUCAGUGUUGUCUUAUUUCUUUUUUUUUCUUUUUUUUUUACUUUCUUCAGUCAUUUCAGUGACACUUUAUGUUGUACAUGAUUAUACAUGAAGUCUCAAAAAGUGUGUGAAUGAGGGGGGUGAGUCCAUGAGUCGCUAUUUAUUUAUAAGUUUAUAUUAAUACUGAUAUUUUUAGUCAGUGACUAAAUAACUGCGACGCUGCCUUGGCAGCAUGAUAAAUAUUUUUUUGUAAAGAAAGCCGCCUUUAUUUACAAAGGCCAACCCCCCCAAACUUAUACUGUACCUUUGUAUGGCCCGCACCUGUGUGUUAGUCCGUGUUGUCCUGUCUGAAUAGAUCUUCUUGUCUUGGUUUCUUACAUGGCUGUUUGCCAAGUGCAUCACAAGAGAAAGCCACCCUGACCUGCGUGGUCGGAGGUCAGCUGACGAACAACCUCACCAAACAGAGAAGGUGAACAAAGACGCUCUUCACAACUGAACACACUGGACGACGUCUGGACACGGAAGGAGAAACUGUGCUUUUCUUGGUGUUGUCAGUUUCAGAAUGAUAGUGAGUGGUAGUGAUCUUCAUGCUGUGACAAUAAUGUACAAUUUCAAGUGACUAUUAUAUCGUGUCUUGAUUGCAAAAUGCAUCGUUUAUCAGAUCGGGUCUAUGGCACCUUUUCAGCUCUACAUUUGAAGUACCUUUUCUGCCAUCAAGACAAUCUCUGGACAGCUGAGACGAGUUGAUUAGACCGAGGGUAGCACUGUACGGCAGCACAUCCUGAACAAGAGGUUUGGUCACAUAUUUACUUCGAAAUAAGUUUCCUCUGAAGCCAAUUAGGAGUCCAAUCUGUGAUUGUCAACAUUGUUUAGCCACCACACGAGCUAAGUGAGUGUUUUUGCACAGGCUAAUGAAGAGACAUUACUGUUCAUUAAUGUCAAGUUCACCUUGCCUCUCUGUCGGAUGUGUCCAUUAUAACUGCUAUCACUCCUUCCCUCUCAGAUCUACACUGUUCCUGGGGCUGGGUUGUAAAGGACUGUUUUGAUUUCCACAGGCCGCCUUCUGCCGCCAACCCGUUUAAUUUAUAGUGCCACCGUGCUCGGAACAAUUACUUCACACGGUACAUAUUAUCAUGUAAGCUCGAUGACAGUUUUGGAUAAAGGUGAAUUAAGUAAAUGUAACUCAUGGUGGAAGUCCUAUUUUGUAACAAAAUGAUUAACAAAUGAAGAUGUACAUAAGUAUUUUGUAUUGAAAUAUUGUUUAAAAAGGUAUUGUACAUGUAAAUACAGAUGUGGUAAAAAAAAAAAAAAAAAUUACAUUGAAUUAUUAAGAGUUUUUGAAGUGUCAAUAACUGGGCACAAAGAGUGAAUUGAUGGUGUUUAUUGAUCAAAAUACAUAACCUGUUUCAGUGUUUAUGGACAGCCGUGACAACAACCUUGUCCUAUUUGCCUCUCAGAGAAAAUCACAUGCCAGAUUGUCGUUGUUCUUGCUGGAAUGUAAUGUUGAGCAACUGUUGCACAAACUUCUCUGAACUGACAUUCCCCCCCCCCCUUUAUUUUACUGUUCUGUUGGUUUGUUUUUUCCGGGGAGGCUCUGUGUGCCUUAGCUGACUUUUAGAACCUUCUCUGUCCAUUAAAAAAGACAGACCUUAUUUUUUGCUCUUUGUUCUGGAUUUCAUGUGAAGAAUACCAUGAGUUUGUCGAGUGAUUCACUGGUACUGCAACACCAAAAAGAUGUCUGCUGUUGUAUAUAUCAUCAGGCCUUCUGUCUUUAUCAGCUUUUAUUUGUUUUUGUUUUCCCUUUGGGGGAUCUGUUUUGUUGUACUUGACUGGCUUGUUUUGCUUUUUCUCUGACUGCUUUUUGGAAAUAAAGUUCUAUGGAAAAACA